UGACGCCUGACGGAAAUCAAUCAUGUCUACUCCAGAAGUGCUCGAUGAGAUUUUAGCCCUAAAAUCAAUUUUUUGUAGCCCAGGAGAAUUUCACUUCAUAAACCCGUCCUGUUUAGAGGCACUUGAAGCAUCACGUGGACCAAUUUCGUUCAAGAUUGGCGUUAAAUGUACGGCAGACCAAUGGUCGAACAAUGCCGCGAAAUCUCCCUUUUCGUCUGUGGUGGAAAUGACGAUGGUCCUUCCACUUGACUAUCCACAAACUUUGCCAGAAAUAUCACUCUCCUGUGCGGACAUCUCAAAGAAAGGAUUAUUUUCUUUGCGAAACAAACUGAAGGAGUAUGUAGAAAAUAUACACAGUUCGAAUAGUGAGCCAAUGAUUAUGAAUAUGGCGAUGUGGCUGCAAGAAAAUGCGUCAUUAUUUUUCGAUAAACCAGAAUUAGGCAACACAUUUAAUUGUAGUUCCUCGGAUGAUUCUAUUCUUUUACUUAAGUUGGACCACAUGAGGAAUAAAACUCGUUACAUCAAAACCUUAACUCGCUGGAUUGACGAGCUAAACUUGAAUGGAAGACUCUUCUUUGCCAAUUACUUGAUCCUUAUUUUGUUAACUGGAGAAACUAGCAGUGUCAGAGAAUAUUUACGGCGACACAAGACUUGCAAUAUUGACGUUGACUCGUGUAGGAAACCAUGCAAGGAAAAAAUGAUAAAUGUUCUGGUGCAAGAGGAGGCUCCAAAUGAUUUAAGAGGGAUGCUCUCCAGCCAAAACCUUCACAGAAGAAUGAUUAAGACUAUGGGAAUGUGUGCUACUUGUUUAAUCCACAGACCAGACCCCAACAGCCAAGCAAGUGGUCCCAGUCACAGGAAAUUUUGUUUGUGCAAUACCUCCUUUGGUGGACACCUGUGAUCAACACAGAUCAACAAAACUAAUUGAAAAUAGUAGCUACGUUUAUUUGCUAUUUGUGGUCAGGACUGACCUGGUUGGAUAUUUCAUAUUUUUAAUUUUUACAGAAAUAUAAUAAACUUGAUAAGAAAAUAAAAUCUUGAAAAACUACUUGUAUUGAAGCUCAAAGGUCAAACAUGAUUUUUGUAACACAAAAAACAAUCUUUUUUUUUCAAUCUUUCCUUUGUAGCUAGGAUAUCAAAUUUAAUUGUAUCUACGAUAAAAUUCUUAAUCAUGAUUGUUCUCCAUGCUCCUAUUUGUCACGUAAUCAGUGUGCGACCACGUGGAUGUCCGAUUACAGGUAUCCAAUUUUAACUUUUUGUAAUUGGAUACCUUGUGUCAUACAAUUCAGGGAGAAAUCGUGCUCAUAAUUUGAAAUCAGUCUUGUGUCGCACACUUGUCUGAUUUUGAAAUUACUCACCUGAUCACUCCCUGAAUUGUACACAUGGAAUGUUAUGUGCAAGGUUAUCAGAUCAAAGACAAUCCUAAACAGGAAAUCAGACAGA